AUGGCCAGGAAGUCCAAGGGUGGAAAGGCUGAUCGGGUUGUUAUCCCAGCAUCCAAAACAAACCCAACAGGUGGAGUUGCCAUCAUCCCGGGGGGCUUAGCAGGACUGGCCAAACACGACCCGCAUGGUGUGAUUGCUCGUACCUUUCCACAAAUAGGAGCGGCACUUGAGGCCGCUGCCAAGGCUGCAGGGGUGGGCGCUUCAGGUCCAGUCAGCCACAAACCCGUAGAUUACUCCAAGUUUGAGACCAUCAAGGACGAGGAUUCUGACGAAGAAGGGCCGCCGUGUUACUGUGGAGCCCGCCAUUCAAAAGGGGUCCACCCAGGAGAUGAAGCUGAUGACGAAGAUGACGAACAGCAUUACUCAAAUGGUGACUCAGAGGACGCGUCAGACAUGCCAGACCUGAUCACCGAUGACAAGCUCCCAUCUAUUGUCGAUAAAAACCCCGCCGCCGUGCCGGCCGCAGCGGGUGCGCCGGCCCCGGCAGCCCUCGCAGCUGCCCCCAAGCCCAAGGGGAUUGCGAAGGGUUUCCUGGCCGCGGGCGCGCCUGCCAAGGCCGCCAACGGUGGCGGUGGUGCCAACAAGAAGUCCUCAGGAGUGGAGGAUGUAAGCGACAAAGAUUCUGAUGGCAAUACACCUGCAGGAGGAGGGGGCUCAACUCCCCGGCCAAACGGCGCCACGGCGAGGGCUGCAGGUGGGCGCGGCGGCGGGGGCAAGAAGCCGAACGGAAACGGCGUUGUAGACGAGGACGAUGACAGUGACGCUGACGGGCCUCCCGGCCUGACUGAUACCGAGGAAGAGGUCCCCCGCAUGCGCUACAGCCGCCCCGAAAACUUUGCGGCCCCUGCCGCCGCCGCCGCACAGGCCCAGCCGGCUCCAGCUCCAGCAGCGGCAAGACCGGCCGCAAAGGCCCCAGCCAAGAAGGACGACAGGGCAGAGGCAGCCAAAGCGAAGGACAGGGGGAAGGCACCGGCAGCUUCAGAGGCCCCAAAAGCACCUGAACCCGCCAAGCCCGCAACAAAGCCCAAGGCUGCCAAAGCAGCCGCUGCUGCACCUUCUGGUAUGGCCUCUGCCACACCCCCACCAAGGCAGGCAAAGGCCAAGGCAGCAGCCAAGGAUGACGAUGAGGGCCUGCCAGGCCUUAUGCCCAACAACCUUGAUGAAUACAAUCCUCCUGAGCCCGAGCCUGACGCCACCUCCGACAUGCCCGGCCUCGCCGCAGCCUCGAAUAAUGACUCAGGGGAUGACAGCGAUGAGGUGGAUGCGACUACAAACACCUACCAGCCCAAGUGGGGUGCGCCGGCGGCCUACCCAACAGGAUCGGGCCGAGCACCUCAAAAGGAUGAGCAGCGCAAGCGCCUGGAAGAGAAAUUGCGGAAGAAGAAUGAGACAGCCACAGCAGCGCAGGCAGCCGAGACCCUGCAGCAGGAGCAAGCUCGCCUGAGAGCCGAGGCCGCAGAGAGGAAUGCUAGGGAGCUUAUGGAGGAGGAGGAGAAGCUGGCGGCUAAAAAGAAAAAGGAGGCUGCCAAGAAGAAGGAGAAAAAGGCCAAGAAGAAAAAGGUGGCAGAGCCCUUUGUGCCGCAGUACAUUGAUGAGGAAGAGGAAGCUGCACAGGCAGCGGCGCAGGCGGCCGAAGCCGCCAAGCUGGCAGCAGAGGAGGAGGAGAAGGCGAGGGCUGAGAAGGCGGAGUCGUCAGCGCCGCGCGAGGAGCAAGAGGAGGGCAUUGAGGACCUGAUGGCGCUAGCCGACCUGAAGCUGGGCGGCGCAGCGGCAGCUGCCGAUCAGCUUCCCAAGGGCAAGGCCAAAGGCAAAGCCAAGGCUGGACAGCAAGCGGCAGACAGGGGCAAGGCUCCAGUGGUGGGUGUGCAGGAGGCGCUGGCAUUUGGAGGCAUACAACAGCGGCCAGCACUCCAGCCGGCCAAGGAGGCCGCGCCGUCCAAACCUGCCCGCCCCACCCUUAAAGAGAUAUCAGUCAUUCUGGAGCAAGCCAUGGCAUCCAGCGAUGGAGGCGAGCUGGGGAAUGCUAUACAGAGGGCUACUGACUGGCUCGACAACCAGCCUGGAUCCAACAAGAACGUCAUCAAGGUGCAGAAGCAGGUGGAGAGAGCCGUGGCGAAGCAUGAUCAGCUGUGGACACCCACUGCCCCGGCCCCGGCGCCCCCGGCUGCCGCUUCCGCUCCCCCGAGGCGGCCAGCGCCACCGCUGUCGCCGGCGCCGCCGCGGCCUGUGUACAAUCCGAUGGCGAGGAAUGAGGCGCCGCAGAUGCCGCAGCCGGUGGCGAACGCGUUUCCGAGCUCUGUGCAGGCGCUGUUUGGCGCGCCGCGGCCGGCCGCCCCGGGCCCGGGGCCGCCGAGCCCCGGCCUCGCGGGCCUGCGGCCAGCGGCGGCCGCGCCGCAGCAGCCGUACCGGGCGCCCCCGCCAUACAACCCGGCUUUAUCCCCGGCCGGCCCGGCCGCCCCAAGACAGCAGUACGCCGCGCAGCCGCCGCUGCCGGCGCCCACCAAAGCUCCCGCAGCGCCCACACGGCAGGCGCCUGUGCCGGUGGCAUCGGGUGACUUCCUUGACGAUGUCGCGAAAGAGAGAGAGUGCUGUGUGUGCCUGGAAAACGAGAAGACCAUGGUCUUUGCUCCCUGCGGUCACCAUGUGACAUGCAAGGGCUGCGCGGAGAUGAUCAUGAGCAGCAACCGCCUCUGCCCCGAGAUGGAAGAGCAUGAGCUGUGGAACGAUGAUGGACCACGUCCCGGACCAGACACAGGCGAAGGAAGCGCCGAGGACUCGGCAGAUGCCCAUCACGGCAGCAGCGACUCCAGCAGUGACAGCGACUACGAUGAGCAGCUGGCGCAGAAGAUGAAGCAGCGAGGCAGCUUCACGGGGCAGGGGAGCGAUCCGGACUCCUUUCUUUCGGCCAGCGCGGCCGUCAUGAUGACAUCUGCGGCCGCCGCCCGGCCGCAGCCGAUGCUGGCGCGUCAAUCCUCUACCGUCACCGACGCGGACAACAAAGAGUCCAUAGCAAAACUGGGGACAUCAAUGCCCAUCAACAUCCCUGCACUGGGCACUCGAUUCGGGGCAAUAGAUCCGGAGGACGCACAUGACCGCAUCCAUACGUUCGUCCCACCCCACCUCAUAGGAUCGCAGCGGGAGACGCGGAUGGCGAGCAUACACGGGGUGUCGAUCGGGGGCAUGUCUCCGAGCACGUCGCUGAAGCGCGACCGGCUGCUGCAGCGCAACGCCAUCCUGCGCCGCACAGGCUUCAUCGAGGCCGGCGCCGCCAUGCGCGGCUCCAUCGCCGAGGUGCUGGACCCGAUAAAGGAGUCGCGGCCGCUGGAUAUUCCCGGUGGGGGCCUGUCACAGGCGCUCGGGAGCAGCCCCGUCUCAUCAGUCACUUCCGGGUCAAUCAAGGAGAAACACCCCAGCGCACUCUCUCGCGCGCUCGGCACCAGCCCUUCGCCCCACUGA